AUGGCAGAGAUUGAAAAAGAAUCAUCAAAUGAAUAAAUAAUUAAAGAUUAAAUAGAAUAGGAUGAAAGAAUUUAAGAGGACUAAUAGAAAAAUGGAGAAUAUAAAUUCAAUUAAGAAAAAUUUGAGGAAUUAGCAAAAUAGAAGAAUUAUAAUACACUAGCAAAAAUAGCAGAAAAAAAUAAAUCUUAAUUCAAAAUAUUCAAGAGACUUAAAUGGAAAGGCUAAUUAUAUUAAAUAAAUGAAUCAAUUAGAGUUAAUUUUUAGGAUAGUUUAAGAAUUGGAAUAAUUAAAAGAAUUGCUAGCAUAAAAUCAUUUGUUGAUAAUUAAGAAUUGCCAUUACUUUAAUUAAAUUGGUACUUUUCGAAAAUAGAUCUAGAUUCAUAAUGGGAAAGAUAUAUGAAAUGUUUCAGCGAAUAUGAAUUAUUCCUUACAGAAAUUUCAGAUUUCAUAUUUAUAGGUCAAAUAAUAGACAAAGUUAAAGUUUUAAGUUUAAAUGAAUAUGAUUCUUUUUUAGAUGAUGAUAUUAGUGGAUAAAAUAGAUUAUUUUUUAUGAGAUGCACAUAUAAUACUGAUAAAAAAAGUAUAAAUCCAAAUCCAAAUGAAUUAGAGAAGGUAUGCUUUUGUGAUAUGCCAUAAAAUCCAGAUUUAGUGUAUAUUUUUUGUGAAUCAUGUAAAAAAUGGUUGCAUAUGGAUUGUGUACAUUUAACUGAAGAUGAAGCAAAGAAUAUUGAAGAAUAUAUUUGUGUUUAGUGCAAUAAGUGA